AUGGUAGCGCAGCCAUUGCACGAGUUGUUCGACAAUGAAAAGCUUAUCAAGAAGCGUUUCAAGGUGAAGGGUUACUUUGUGGACUUCCCACCAUCACGGGCUUCGGGAGAUGAAGACGGUGGGGACAAGAAGGAGAACCCGAUAUCUACGAAAGCCAUGGAGAUGAAUGUUACGGCCCUCAAGGUGAUGUUUUCCUAUUACAAGGUAACAAGUGGUAAGAAAGUUCCCAUCCAGAAGUUGGAGUCAGCACAGGGUGUUCGGGAACUCUUCAGUAUCAUCGAGUCGUUGCGGGAUGCAGAAGAAGAUGCAGAGGAUAGCGCUGAUGGCGAUGCCGAGGGCGAAGAAGAGGAGGGUGGGGAAGAUGAUCCGGUUUCCGAAGAAUCGGAGGAUCCCAGCUCGGAGGCCCGGGUUUCGGAUAAGUCCGUGGGGGACAAGGACGAUGGCGGUGGUGUGAAGGCUGCCUUGGCAGAUUUGGAGCUUGAUCCGGAUGAAGAAACUCAGGCCCCGAAAUGGCGCUACAGGUCGAAGUCUACUUUGAAUAGCUUGGCCACGACGGCUGUUCUUGGCGAUCAGCUUGAAACCCCGGGGUCUUAUGAGAAGCCGGUGACCGCCAGCAAGGAAGAGGAGCUGCAGCAGCUUCUGCAACAAAUCAGCUUGUUCGAGGACGGUGAGCCUAAGCAUCCGGAUACGGCUCGCCACGAUGCCUUGCUCCUGAUGAUGGGAUCCCCAGCCCGACCUCGAAAAUCCCGAGGAACCGAUGAGACACCGCCUACCUGCAAGAAGCAGCUCUUCAAAGAUGUAGAUCCGGCUUGGAAGGAGCCUCCCGAUCAGGCUGAUACUUUGGUGACAGCAGAUGCACCGAUCGAGCCGACGCACAAGAAAGGCGGUGUUGCUGGAGACCAGGGUGAGCUUGCUCUAGUCGAGGCUCCAAUCGACGUGGAUUCGAGCCCAGAGAAGAUCAAACCGGAGCCGCAGUCCCCGAAAGCCACUUCUGGGGAUGACUUGGUCAAGCCGGUUUCUCUGGAGCAGCAGAAUGCGCUUCGGACGGAUCUCCGAGCGAAGCUCCGUCGUGUCAGGGGCGGCAAGACGGGCCCGAAGAAGAAGCAGGGCAAGGUGAGCGCAGCUAAAGGUGGGAAGGAUGCAGCGCAGGUGGCGAAGCGCAAGCGAGGCACGUGUGAUAGUGAGCCGGCCGCCUCGUCUUUGCCGAAGGCAAAGGCGAAGGCGAAGGGGAAAGCGAAGGCGGCGCCAUCGGGAGAGGCAGUGCCCAAGGCCAAAGCAAAGGCAGUGGCCAAGGGCAAAGCGAAGGCGAAGAGUUCGCCGAAAAGGGCCGUCGACAGUGGUGUUGCUCUUAGGCUGAAGCCGGAUCCCAGCCGAACUGGCCACUCCAAGUGUGGCACCCUUUUGUUGGGAUGCUCCACCUGCCGCUGGGGUCCGCUUGGUUGCGGGACGUGCCUUCGCACGAAUUUCCACGGUGUUCGGUGGAAUGCUGUGGCAUGCGGAGAGUGGGAGGAGUGA